GUUUGCUUUUAACCGGUUUAAGUGAAGAUUAAUCAAACUUUAUGGCCUUUUAUUUCACAUCUAGCCGCAGCCGCAUUUAAUUAACAACAUAUGCCAUAGUCAUCUGCAGGUCACAUAUGUUUACUGUUGUUAAACAUUCUCUCUCUCUUUCUAAUUAAUAUAAAAAACUACGUCAUGCUUUUUAAUAUAUUAAUCUCGGUUAAUAUUAAUAUAUAUUAAUCUUGGAGUAUUCUGCAUGUGUGUAAUUUUAUUGUUCGUAAAAUAUAGGUAAACCAUUUUUAACAAUAACAUUACAUUAUUUUUUAAUUGUAACCACAAUAUUUUUCAUGCAAAUAUAUUUAUAUCUGUGAAGCACAAACAUGAACUUGUAUGGCAUUUGUGUGGUUUGCAUAUAUUGGCGUAUAUAUUCAGAUCUCUGUGCCUUUGUUUUCAAUUGUGACUUUUGGUUUCAAUUUUGAACGGGACUUUUAUAUUGGAGAUCAACUAUGACGUCACAACGCUGCGCCCCGCUCCUGUAUCUGCAAGUCGGCCGAAAGAUUGCUUAAAGAUGGCGUUUAUUAAAGAGGAGAGUGAAGACGUGAGGAUUGAAGAAACAUUCACAGUCAAACAUGAAGAGACUGAAGAAGCUUUCACAGUUAAGCUUGAAGAGAUUGAAGAAGCUUUCAGAGUCAAACAUGAAGAUCCUGAGGAACAGACAGACCCGGUUGUGCUGAAGGAGGAGACUGAAGAGAUCGUUAAUCUUGAUCAGCAGGAAAACCUGAAAGUUUACCGGUGGAUUCACACUGGAGAGAAACCUCACACUUGCUCUCACUGUGGAAAGAUUUUUGUUCAUAAAAGGUCUCUUGAUGCCCACAUGGAAACUCACACUAGAGUGAAGCGUUUUACCUGCCAUACAUGUGGAGUAAGGUUCAGUCAACGAGGACACUUCACAUCCCACAUGUUGACUCACUCCGGAGAGAAACCUUUCGCCUGCCUUCAGUGUGGAAGGAGUUUUGCUGAAAAUAAAAACCUGAGAGCCCACAUGAGGAUUCACACCGGAGAGAGACCAUUUACCUGCCAUACGUGUGGAAAGAGUUUCACUCAACAGGGACACUUUGCAUCCCACAUGUUGACCCACUCCGGACAGAAACCUUUCGCCUGCCUUCAGUGUGGAAAGAGUUUCAGUGAAAAAAAAAACUUGAAAGCCCACAUGAGGAUUCACACCGGAGAGAAGCCUUUUACCUGUCAUACGUGUGGAAAGAGGUUUACUCAACAAGGACACUUCACAUCCCACAUGAGGACUCACUCCGGAGAGAAACCUUUCGUCUGCCAUCAGUGUGGAAGGAGUUUCGUGAGCAAGGAGAACAUGAAGGUGCACAUGAGGAUUCACACCGGAGAGAAGCCUUUCAGCUGUCAACACUGUGGAAGGCGUUUCACUCAGAAAGCAGCUCUUGAAGGCCACCUGACCAUUCACAGCAGAAAGAUGCUCUACACCUGCCAAAUAUGUAGAGUGAACUACAAAACUAAACAUGGCUUUAGAUGUCACAUGGACAUUCACACCGAUCUGAUUGCGCUGAAGGAAGAGUUUGGAGAAAACAAGAAGCCUUACACGUGCUCUCAUUGCGGAAAGAGUUUUCAUUAUAAAGCUUCUGUUAAACGCCAUGAAGUGAUUCACACUGGAGAGAAGCCUUACGUCUGUCCACAGUGUGGAAAAGGUUUCACGCAAAAAUUUGUGCUUAAAAUCCACCAGAGUGUCCACACUGGAGUAAAGCCCUACUCGUGCACGGAGUGUGGGAAAGGUUUUACAAGUACAAGCGCUCUGAAUUGCCACAUGAGCGUCCACACUGGAGAGAAGCCGUACGCUUGCCCUCAAUGUGGGAAGAGAUUUUCACAAAAAAGAUCUCUGUUUAACCACAUAUCGGUUCAUAUCGGAGAGAAGCCUCACACCUGUAAAACAAGUAGAGCGAGCCUGUCAACAAAACAAAAUCUUAGACGUCACUUGAUCAUUCACACCAAUGAGAGGCCGUUUGCUUGUUCUCACUGUGAAAAGAGCUUCAGACACAACAGGUCUCUUACUAGGCACAAGAAGGUUCACUUAGAAAUGAAGGAUUAAAUACUAAGUGAGAAUCUACAAGAGAGAGAAACCAAUCACCUGCAAACGAAAAGAGCUUCACAAACGUUAUCUAUAACCUGAACAAUCACACUGGUGAGAGGACAUUUAUUCCCAAUCCUUCCCCUUCUCCAGUUUUUGCAUGCUCAGUUGAAGAGUUCAGAGUGUCCAGAUUCUCUUCAUCUUGAAGAAGUAAUGCCCAAUUCACACAGGGCUUUAGUGUCAAUGCUUGACAGAGGGCGUGUCUGAAGUUGGGGCUGACACGAUCAUCUUAGCAGCAUCAGCCAAUGAAAUUAGUCCGCAAUCUGCUACUGUCUGAGC